UGUUGUCCGUAAGCUUUUUUUGAUUUUUCGUUUUACUUUUCUUCUCGCAACUUCUCCAUUUAAUCAGUUUCUCUGCAGCUGACUUACGACGACUUGUCUUCUCUCACUCCAUCUCUGUUCCUUGCUGCUCCCUUCGGUUUCUGCUGGAAUAACAUUUUGAUACUGGACCCUAUUGCUGUUCGAAAUGUUUCGUCGCAAGACUUCUUCGAAAACCGAUCAAGAGAGUAAUGAGACAGCUCUCAGAGAGGCAAAGCUCAAAGAGCUUAAGGCUCUCCUCGGUCAGCUCUCUGGAAGGAGUUCACUUUAUUGUUCAGAUGCGUGUCUGAAGAGAUAUCUGGAAGCUAGGAAUUGGAAUGUAGGAAAAGCUAAGAAGAUGCUUGAGGAGACUCUUAAAUGGAGAUCGACUUUUAAACCGGAGGACAUCCGAUGGAAUGAAGUUUCAGGUGAAGGUGUGACUGGAAAAGUUUACAAAGCUGGAUUCCAUGACAGAAGUGGAAGAACGGUUCUUAUACUGAGACCUGGCUUGCAGAACACGAAAUCUUUAGACAAUCAGAUGAAACAUUUGGUGUAUCUCAUUGAGAAUGCUAUUCUGAAUCUGCCAGAGGAUCAAGAACAGAUGUCCUGGCUUAUUGACUUCACGGACUGGACACUGAGCACCAGUGUGCCUAUUAAAUCUGCUAGAGAGACUAUCAACAUACUGCAAAAUCACUACCCAGAGAGACUAGCUGUCGCUUUCCUCUACAAUCCUCCAAGACUCUUUGAGGCAUUCUGGAAGAUAGUGAAGUACUUUAUUGAUGCAAAGACAUUCAUCAAGGUGAAAUUUGUUUACCCAAAGAACCCGGAAAGCGUGGAGCUUAUGAGCUCAUUUUUCGACGAGAAAAAUCUCCCAACCGAAUUUGGAGGGAAAGCUUUGUUGCAGUAUAACUAUGAAGAAUUCUCCAAGCAAAUGAACCAAGACGAUGUUAAAACUGCAAACUUCUGGGGAUUGGUUCAAAGUAACCAUCACCAGCAGCACGUGAGCAGUGGGUUUUCUGGAGCCGAAAUUGCCCCUGAGCCAAUCCAAACCAACCCUUAACCGGUUUUGAACGCAAUAUCAUUUUUAAUCGAGUGAUUUAUAGUUCAUGGGAGAGAGAAGUUGAAAGAUUUAGACAUUAGCAUUGAUCAAAUAAAAGGAUUUGUGUGUAUCCAAGUUACUCUUGAAGUUAAUCCAAAAACUCUUACACUCA